AUGGCAUCCAAAGGCUUGCGACUGUUCCUUCUGCUGAGCUGGGUAGCUGGCUCAGAAGUUCUGGGUGAGAUCAUGAGACCCAGCUGUGCUGCUGGAUGGUUUUACUACAAGUCCAAUUGCUAUGGAUACUUCCGGAAGCUGAGGAACUGGUCUGAUGCUGAGCUUGAGUGUCAAUCAUAUGGAAAUGGAGCCCAUCUGGCAUCUAUCCUGAAUCUAAAGGAAGCUAGCGUCAUAUCAAAGUACAUAAGUGGCUAUCAAAGAAAUCAGCCUGUAUGGAUUGGCCUGCAUGACCCACAGAAGAGGCAGCAGUGGCAGUGGCUUGAUGGAGCUAUAUACCUGAACAGGUUCUGGAGUGACAGAUCCACCGGUGAGAACAAGCACUGUGCUGAGAUGAGCUACAGCAAAAACUUUUUAGCUUGGAACAAAAAUGACUGCAACAAGCACCAACACUUCCUGUGCAAAUAUCAACCAUAG